UACCAUUCGAUCUUCACCCGAUAGGCUCGGGACUGCCAUACUUCUGUGAAACUGUUCCCACUUUCUUGGACUUUCUGGUCGGUUACUUCUGGGUGGUUGGUGUUCCUUGGUGUUCAUCAGAUCAUUCCAGCGUGCAGGACAUUCAUACGACAAAUAUAGCAAUAAUUCCCCCAGUCUGUCGAGCAGCGAGUACGAUUAUCGUACCAAGUGGGAACAAAUCAGAAGCGAGUAGCCACGAGUUCUGACUGAGGACACGCACAACAGAAUCCCGACUGCAGGGGUGGCGUUAUCGCAUCAAUGAAUGAAUGGAAUCGCCAAAUACCACAUCGAUUGGUCUGCACAUACAGUACCGAUCUCUCGAUUCAGCAGCAGCCUCAAUGUCAAUCACGACCCCCAACAAGCGAUAGACACGAUCCUCCAACAUCAGGAAAGUGCUCUUUCUUCGCGUUCACUCGGCAAGGUCAUGAGUCCGAGCCGGCGGGUCAAGUCAGACCGGCGGCCACGAUGUCGUCUAGAACAGUCGUGAAAUUUCACACAGCACCAAUAAGAGGCACAAAGGGACUUCCGUCCAGAAGGAGGGGUUACCUUCUCCCGAAGAUGGGGAGCUGGACCAAGAAAUUCAAAUUGGCGGUGUGAGCUAAGCAGCGAGGGCGGUGGAAGAAUUGAAACGACCUCGCGUCCUAUGAAUGGAAGCAUGCGC